AUGGCAAGGCGGAAACUGACCUUGUAUUUCGACCUGCACAGUCCAUACGCAUACUUGGCAUUCUAUGUUAUCAAGAAUUCCUCUGUCUUCAAAACUUGCGACAUAACAUAUGUCCCCGUUCUCAUCGUGGCAUAUGUAAAUGCGAUCGGGUUGAAACCGCCUUGGAGCAGUCCCAACAAAGCAAAAUGGUUUCAGACGGAUAUCGCCAGAUGGUGUCGAGAAUACAAUAUCCCCUGGAACCAAGGCUUGCCAGCAAACUAUCCCUUCAAGGUCACCACGCUGAAGGUCCAGAGGGUCUUGGUGGCUUGUUCACUUGAAUGCCCCAGUCGAUAUCCGGAUGUUUUGAACGCCCUGUAUCAUGCGUUUUGGGUUGAGAAAAAGGGUGUCCAAUUGCCUCAGGUGCACGAACCGAUUGUGGCCCGUGUAGUCGGUGACAAGCUCGCCGCAAAGAUCAUAGUCAAGAGCACAACCGAGGAGGUCAAGUCCCUCUUGAAACAGAAUACCGAAGCUGCGAUUGCCAGUGGGUCUCCCGGUCUUCCCUGGAUCAAGGCUGUGAAUGGAGAAGGACAAGAGGAGUUCUUCUGGGGGUUUGAUCAUCUCGGACAGGUGGUGAAAUUUCUCGGCCUUCGGAGGCUGAACGAGUCGCAUUUGUGA